UCUUUAUUAGCCACAGGACAAGUAACUGAUAACACAAAACAAAAUCUACCUACUGCUACCAACAUGCUAUCCUUGAUAUGGGACUGUGUACUUGAAGAUAAUGCCAUCCAGUACGUGAAGACAUGCCCGACAACUAAUUAUAUCCCAGGAAACGAUGAACAGCCAGGGGAGAACCUACAUAGAGUACCAAUUAGCGGCGACAUUCCCACGUACAGAGAUGCGAUCAAAAAUGCAGUAGUGGCAUGGUGGAAAGUUGUUCGUCAAUACCCUGGACCUGGAUCAACUGCAAUGUUUUACCCAAUUCAUUAUGAUAGUCCAAUAGCCACAUAUACUCGGAUGGCUUGGUCUUCUACUAGAAGAUUAGGUUGUUCCAUUGGUCAGUGCUCUUCCGUGUACGUAGUCGUGUGCAGAUACGCACCAAGAGGAAAUGCUAUCUACUAUCCUAUGUACAAUGUCGGAAUGGUUUGCUCUGCGUGUCCCAGAGGAACGAUGUGCAGGCCCGACAGAGGACUUUGUGUAUGA